AUGGCAGGAAACUAUGUCCGAGUUUGCGAUCUUGAUGCUUCCAAAGAGGAUUGGUGCAUAUUGGCUAGAGUUGUUCGUCUGUGGAAUGUGAUCUCAACUGAGAGAGGGAGUCCAGUUUCAGCCAUUGAGAUGAUUCUGGUUGAUGAAGCUGGUACUCAAAUCCAGGCUGCUGUCAGGAAGAAGUAUGUGAAGAAGUUUGAUCGUAUACUUAGGGAGGGUCCUGUUUACUCUCUCAGAAAUUUCACAGUUGCUGAUAAUGUUGGGGAUCAUCGGACUACUUCCCAUCAGUUUAAGAUUAUUAUUCAGGGUGAAACUGUUGCAGUUAUAAAGCCUGAUAAUUUGGUUCCUGUUUUCCCCUUAACAUUUGCCAGCUUCGAAGACAUUGUUGGGGGUCGUCUUGACACUGCAUAUUUAGUAGAUGUUAUGGGACUUAUCACUGGACUUGGAACUGAGCGUCAAUACGUAACUAAUGGAACCAGGACAAAGAUGAAUGUUAUCGAGCUGGAAAAUUCUGGGAUCAAGCUGAACUGUGCUCUUUGGGGUCGUUACAAUGACCAACUGAAUCAAUUCCUCCAAGCUGGUGACACUGAAACUGCUGUUGUUGCUAUCUUUGGUGUCAAGAUCAAAGAGUUCCAAGGUCGGAAGGGAUUGCAGAAUGCUCUGCACUGCACUAAGUUGCUCUUUAACCCUACCUUUCAAGAAGCUAUUGAUUUUAAGGAGGGCAUGUUGAGGAACUUAACCUCACCUUCACAAGGAAUUUCACGCAUCAAUGACACUCAUGACAUCUCUUAUGUUGUUGAGGCCACUAUUAAGCAUGUUAUUGAUAUGGACGAUUGGUGGUACAAUGCAUGCAAUGCCUGUAACAAAGCGGUGUAUCCUGAUUCUGUGGCCUACUAUUGUGGAGACUGUGAUCGUCGGGUUGUGAAUGUGAAACCUAGGUAUCGAAUUAAGGUUCGAGUUAUUGAUGACACAGACUCGACUACCUUUGUGAUUUUUGAUCGUCCUGCUGCUGGAUAUUUCAAUCGUACCUGUUCAGAAAUGAUAGAGAUGUUUGAGAAGCAUGGUGGUGAGCUGGUUUGCCCAAGGGAUAUAUCUGACUUGGUUGAUAAGAAGUUCCUAUUUAAGAUGGACAUGAGGAACUUGACUGUUGGCAGAUUUGAGCCUUCAUAUAAGGUUCAGUGA